AUAGAUGUCGCAUGGAGCUAUGGAGAUUGUGUGGCCGUCUAAUGGAUGUUAUGUUCCGUGUGGGAUAUGUUAUUAAUAAUUUAUUUAUGCAUUUUUUUCUCCUCUUAUUUUUAUGAUUGUACCGAUAAGUUGUCGAGAAAAUCUCAAUAUUACCAGCCUGAAGUUAUAUAAAGUAAUAUUAUAAUAAACGCUGUUAUCUCGAAAUGAAGAGAGGGGGAAUGCUACACUAUGCAAACAGAUACAUUCGGUCUUAGUAUCUGAUUGAGAGACUACGCGACAAGUUUUGCGCAACAAUGUUAAGCUGUGUUAUUUUUCUUAUUUGUUGUAUUUUAAUGGGUAAUCUUGUGAUAGCGUCGAAACCAUUGUCGAUUUUAUUGAUACAAACUAUUCCAUCGACUAGCCACCACGUCUGGACGGAGCAUUUGGUUAAAGGACUGCUUCGCAAAGGCCAUCAUGUACAUGCAGUGAGCAUACAUGAGACUAAAGUCAAGGGAAAACUCGCGCAGAAUUUGACCUACGUCGUUUUCGAUGGUCUAAUGGAUACUUAUGAUGAAUCUAAUAAUUAUGACCCAGUUGAAUGGGAGAAGUAUAGCGUAUUUUAUGCCACAUAUUUUGCACAUCAGUGGGGUAUUCACGCAUGUGACACAAUGAUAAAAACUAAAGAAGCGACAGAUCUUUUGGAAGCGAUUAAAACAGUCGAGUAUGAUGUAAUAGUGCAGGACAUUACAAUAACUCAAUGUUUCUACGGAUUAUGGGAGGCAGUACCCGUUUCAUUCUCCUUCUUACUUGACGCCUCACCGCGGUCACCUCUAGGCAACAUAACCGUCGCCUGGCCGACUCUGCAGAAGGGUUUAUAGUUGAGCGCUUUAAGAGGAUGUUGGAGACAGGUCUGUUUUUUCAGACAUACAAAUAUUUUGAUUGAUUUCACCGAAUUAAAAAUUUUUUGUUUAGAAUUAAAGUAUGGACGAUAACGAAGACUGCAGACACCAAUUGCGUAUGAAAAACGAAAAGACAUUAGAAAAUUACAGUUUUAGUUUCGAUUCUGCGGUCGACUCAUGACAACAUUUGCUGCACAUAAAAGUUUUAGACUGUGUACGUAUACAAAAACCUUGCAGCAGUCACGGAAAUACAAUAAAGAAGAAUCCUGUGCUUGCAGAAAUGAGCUGCGAGCUUUAGUAUAAGAGAAAAGUGCAUUUGGAAAUUUCAUAUGCAGAUGUUACGCGUCUCCCCGAAUUCAAAAACAUACGGAUCAGUAUAACGGGUAGCCCUAGAGCAGGCGUUCUGUAUGUAUGUGUAAGAAUCGGUGAGCACUUCUUUAUCGACGCUUUAUCGAGCAUCCCCUUAAAAGCCCUCAACGCUCCCUCUCCAAUAAGAGCAGCAAAGUGGGUGCUCCCAGCAUCCCUACUCUCGCUGUCCCUCGCGACCACCCAAUCCGCAGGUUGGAGUCCCUCAUUUUGCCUGUCAAGUAGCUCUAUCGCUUCCUUAACAAGUAUCUUGGGGUCCUCCACAUGUACUACAACUCAAUGUCGCCUUGGCGGUUCAUCGAGUCGCAGCGUACGCAGUUGAACUCCGUUUAUAUACA